AUGGUCUCUGAAGUUUUCCACCGCGGCCGCAUUCCAGUUAGUGCGGUACGCGGUGGCCUUCACGGCCGCGGUCUGCUUUUACACGAUCUGCGGAGGUUGCCUACUGAAACUUCAUUUGGUGAAAUCCAGCACGGUCCGCGGUCCGUCUUGCGCGGCCGCGCUGUUGAUGAAUCAAAAGAUAUAUCACACGAGGAGCAAAGGGCACUUGUUUCGAGAUAUGUUAAUAAAGAAGGCGAAGUCAUAGAGAGAUUUGUUGGUAUUGUUCAUGUUAGUAAUACAUCGGCUAUGUCGUUGAAAAAGGCAAUCUGCUCUUUUCUUUCUGAUCACUCAUUAAGUCCAACGCAAAUACGUAAGCAAGGUUAUGAUGGGGCUAGUAACAUGCAGGGAGAGCUAAAUGGUGUUAAGACUUUGAUUUUGAAUGAGUCUCCAUCAGCAUAUUGCAUUCAUUGUUUCGCUCACCAAUUGCAAUUAGCUCUUGUGGUUCUUGCAAAGAAGCAUUCAGAAUUAGAAGAGUUGUUCAAAUCAGGUGAAGUGCAUACUGGACGAGGAUUAAAUCAAGAGCGUGGGCUUCAACGACCAGGUGAUACUCGUUGGGGUUCUCAUUAUAAGACGUUGGAUAACCUUAUUGUCCUAUUUCCAUCGAUUACUAAUGUUCUUGAAUUUACUGCACGUGAAUGUCCAAACUAUGCUGACAGAAUUGUUGCUGGAAGUCUUAUGGGUAAGAUUAAGGAAUUUGAUUUUGCUUUUAUGUUGCACUUGAUGUUAAAAGUUUUAACAAUGACAAAUGAGUUGAUUUGUGCGUUACAAAGGAUGGAUCAAGAUAUUGUCAAUGCUAUGGGACUCCUUGCUCUUACAAAGCAACGAUUACAAACAAUGAGGAAGAGUGAAUUUGGAUCUUUAAUGGAAGAUGUCUCUUCUUUUUGUGAUAAAAAUUAUAUAAUGAUUCCAAAGAUGGACGCUCGCUACUUUCCUGGGAAGUUGAAGCGUAGAGCUCUUGAUGUUACAUAUUCUCAUCAUUUGCGUGUCGACAUUUUUUAUGCUGUUAUAGAUUUGCAUUUUCAAGAGCUUGAUCGUCGCUUUGAUGUUGUGAGUACGGACUUACUCCUCGGUAUGGCUAGCUUAAAUCCCGUUAAUUAA